CGCCAAGGAUUUAAUCGUCGUCUCGCCCUGCCCCUCCGCCCCCGUCGACAUGCACCCCACGUUCGCGUCCUGCUUAAAUUAGGCAGGCGCCGGCGACCCCGAGCCCCCAUUUUUUUUAUUUUCUCGGGGCCGGAUCAGCCUUCUCCUCCCCGCCUUGCCUCCCUCCGAUCCUCCACGUACCAUGCCGGCCGUAGCGGUAGUCGUAGUAGUGCGCGACAUGUCCCCGCCCCUCUCCCUUGUUUCUUGACUCUUCGCUUCCUGUUGUUUUCUUCCUUCUGGCCGGGUCUGAUCGGAGAUCGGUCGACGAACGCUGCCUACGUGUGCCUUCCGGUGCAGCUACCGUGUUUUGCUGCCUUCCUGCCUGCCGGUGAUCUUUGUCUUCGCCACGGCGGCGGCGUAGCUGCUCCGGCGUCCGGGAAGCCGCGGCGGUGCAAGACCGCCGGGUCCAGCGAAGCCACGCCUUGCGCGUCAAGCUUGAGGCGGUGGGCUGGGUGAUGGUGCGGUUCCUCCGGCGGCAUAGCCUUGACAAGAGCAACUCGCAGAGCCACCUGCGGCAGCAGCACGAGAGCGGCAGCGGCACACACAGCAACGACACGGAGAUGGCCGAGCCCGCGGGCAAUGGCCGGGCGCCGCCUCGCUCCCGUCUCGCACGAGACGGGCCACCCUCGGAUUUGGACAUCAUGAAGGAGAAGUUCGCCAAGCUUCUGCUUGGAGAGGACAUGUCCGGCACAGGGAAAGGCGUGUCGUCCGCGCUGGCGCUGUCGAACGCCGUCACCAACCUGGCAGCGUCCGUCUUCGGCGAGCACCGCAAGCUGGAGCCCAUGGCGCCGGACACCAAGGAGCGGUGGAAGAAGGAGGUGGGCUGGCUGCUGUCCGUCUCCGACCACAUCGUCGAGUUCGUCCCGACGCGGCAGACCGCCGAGAACGGCACGACCAUGGAGAUCAUGUCGACGGCGCAGCGUCGCGACCUGCAGAUGAACAUCCCCGCGCUGCGCAAGCUCGACAACAUGCUCAUCGGUUACAUGGACAACUUCGUGGACCAGACCGAGUUCUGGUACGAGAAGGGCGGCGACAACAAGCGCGACGACGACAAGUGGUGGAUGCCGACGGUGAAGGUGCCGGCGGAGGGCCUGUCCGAUGUGACGCGCAGGUGGCUGCAGUACCAGAAGGAGUGCGUGAACCAGGUGCUCAAGGCGGCCAUGGCCAUCAACGCGCAGGUGCUGGUGGAGAUGGAGGUGCCCGAGAUCUACAUCGAGUCGCUCCCCAAGAAGGGGAAGACGAGCCUGGGCGACACCAUCUACCGGAACAUCACCGACGAGGAGUUCGACCCGGUGGAGUUCCUGGAAUCGGUGGACCUAUCGACGGAGCACAAGGUGCUGGACCUCAAGAACCGCAUCGAGGCGUCCACCAUCAUCUGGAAGCGCAAGAUGCAGACCAAGGACACCAAGUCCUCCUGGGGCUCCAUCAUCAGCUUCGAGAAGCGGGAGCAGUUCGAGGAGCGCGCCGAGACCAUACUCCACCUCCUCAAGCUACAGUUCCCCGGAACGCCUCAGUCGCAGCUCGACAUCUCCAAGAUCCAAUACAACAGGGACGUCGGCUACGCGCUCCUGGAGAGCUACUCGCGUGUGCUGGAGAGCCUGGCUUACAGCGUGAUGUCGAGGAUCGAGGACGUGCUGGGCGCGGACGCGGCGGCGACGAACCUGACGGCAAGCGAGGUGGCACGGCGGCAGAUGGAGAUGAACAUGCCCAGGAAGCUGGACGCCAGGGAGGAGCUGGAGAAGCUCAACGAGGCGCCGGCGUCUAUGACGCUCUACGACUUCAUGGGGUGGCACUUCGACCAGGACGAGCUGAUGAAGAAGAAGGAGGAGGGCACGCUGGACGAGGCCGGCGAGGCCAUGCUGCUCAAGAAGGCGCCAAGCCUCGCCCCAAAGAAAUUCUCCUACGUCGACAGCCUCGCCGGCGGCAUGAGGAGCCCCUCCGCGCGCCACUGAUCAUCAUUGUCGUGGUACGAGAGGAAGAGCAAACACGAUUAAUCGAUCAAGACAGCAACGGGGACAGAUCCGCCCAAUUAAGAAUCCAAGAUGGCUUGGCUAUGUACAUAUGAGACACAGACACACACACAGACGCUGCGUACGUACUGCUAGAGAUCGACACUGGAGUGCAGAGAUCAUCAUCAGCUCGAUCCGAUCAGCCUCGUUCUUCCCUCUCGUAUAGACUGAUUAAUUCUAGACAACGGGAAGAGGAAGAACGGACUGGAUGAUCUGAUCAGCUAUAACUUUUUUUUUUCUCUGUCCGAUAUGCAAGAACCUGCUUCGCCGGUUGGGGCUGCUGUUGUACGUACGUAGCUACUGAUUUUCACACACACAAAAAAAAAACUAGUAUGUAAUUUUUGUACGUAGUUCUGAACUACUCUCCGGAAGAGGAGACGCUAAACUCUGGGGAAUAUGUAUGCGACUUACUACCAGGCGGGCAAACACAUUGUAUUCAUUGAUUUGAUUUAAGCUCAUCUUUUCUA